GACCAGGCAUUGUUGACUGCACUAGAUCCGCGCGAAGCGGAAGCUUUACGCCGUUUUAUGACCGAGAAGCUCAAUCAGUUCCGAGGUCCAGCACCAGCUAAUCAUACCAAUACGCCUCAUGACUUAUUGUUUCAACAACAGCAACAACAGCAGCAGCAACAACAACAGGAGUUGUUGGCAGCCGCUGCUAUGGCCGAAUUGGUUAUGCGUCGUGGUGAGCAUCUUCCAAUUUCCCCUCAAAACCAUCCUAGUUCCAAUGCUUUCCCACCACUACCGAACUGCGGCGCAAUGACCUCAGCCGUGAAUACAAUCACCACUCGCCCUACACCAUCCAUUCAACUCCCACAUCAAUUCCGAUACCCAACCAGUACGCAGACACCGCCAAGUUCGCACACGAUGGGUCCACGUGGCUUGCAACAUCCAACCCCUGAAGGGUCGUUGCACGCCCCACAGCCACCCGCGGCUCAUCACAACCCAGCCUCCAGACUACCGUCCAGUGGACCCAAUUCCGUUCCGAUGUCUACUGCUAACUAUUUAUCUAUGCUGGCUGGUGGUGCCAGUGCUGUCAGUCCUCGUGCUCAAAUCCCAGUUCCCGCUUCACCUGGCCCUAGCCGAUCUAAUGGUGCCGCGAACGCAGGGCCAAAUACGAUCAAUCCUGUGAACAACACUGUUCCUCUUUCCGGUCCGGGAGCGAUCAACGGAGCAGCUGCCGCAAACGCUCAGUUCCAAGAACAAGUGAUGCAUGCAGCCAAGUUCGCCAUGCUUGCUGCCAACAUGCAAGGCGAUCCGAACAAAGCGGCACAAUUCGCAAAUCUGGCAGCUGCUGCGUUCGCUGAAUUGGCUGCGGCCCACGAUAAAUCCCAACCCCCAGUUAGUUUUGGGCCGCAUGGAUCAUCUCCAAUGCACCUCCCACCUGUAGGUCCAGCACCCAACCCCGUAGCAGGUGCGUUUGACUUCCGGGGUCAUCACGCGGCCGCAUUGCUCCAACCUCACUUGGGAGAUAACCUAGCUGCCGCCGCUGCAGCAGCUGCUGCUGCCGCGGCCGCCGCAGCCACUGGCAAUCUACCUAACUUACCUCCUCCACCUGCUCUGUCACACACCGGAGACCGUCGACGUUCUGUGCCUUCCGCAACUCCACUUACUUGCUCCUCUGCCAAUGUCUCUUCUCCUGGUGGUGGACUUAUGGUGCCGAACCCAAUGCCAUCUGGCCCAGGUGGCGGACAUCGUCUUAAUCCGUGGUCCUCGCUCAACUCACCUUUGUCCUGCCCGGGUAACCGAUUUAAUGCACCUUCCACCAUGCCGCCAGCUCCGGCUCCUCCCCCAAAUGUGCCAUCGCCAUCCCAAUUGGCCCAAUUCGCUCAGCUUGCCCAGCAGUCUGCAGCCGCGGGUUUUGCUCAGGGAUUUUCUCUGCAAGACCCUGCCAUGCUGAACGCUCUCGUGCUUGCUGCGGCUGCGGCCCAUGCAGCUAACCCGGCGUCGAUGGAACCAAAUAAUCCGUUCAUGUCUCGCGAGAAUGAACUUCUUGAACGACAGCGUUUCCAACAGGCCAACAUGAGAUCAUGCAAUCCGUCACUUCCCCACACACAGCAGCAACAUCAUCAAGCUCAACAACCACAAUCACAACAAACUGCUGCAGCCGCAGCUGCUGCUGCAGCAGCAGCGGCCGCAGCCGCAUUCGCCAGUGCAGGAUUGCCACCAUUGAAUUUGGGCGCCCGACUUCCCUCGUCCCAUUCCUGA